ACUUUCUUCUUUGUGGUAUUACUUGCUGUCUUUGUGUACUACUACAUGAAUACACAGAACGAAGCAAGUAAAGAAACAAACAUUGUCUUUAACAGCACAUACGACUAUAUAAUAGUUGGAGCAGGGUCCGCCGGAUGUGUUCUUGCUAACAGACUGACUGAAGAUUUAAGGUCAUCAGUACUAAUUAUAGAAGCUGGAGGAUCGGAAAACGAGAAUGAACUGAUGCAUAUACCUAUUGCGGCCGGAGGUUUGCAAAAUACAAAACAAGACUGGGCCUAUAGAACAGUUCCUCAAAAGAACGCAUGUUUCGGUUUAAAAAAUAAGAUAAGUGCUCAGGCGAGAGGGCGUGUCCUUGGUGGAAGCAGCUCCAUAAACUAUAUGAUGUACGUAAGGGGGAGCCGCCAUGAUUUUGAUGGUUGGGCAAAAGAGGGCGCCGAAGGAUGGAGCUACAAGAAUAUUCUCCCAUACUUCAUUAAAUCAGAAGAUGUUCAAAUAUCAAGAUUAAAAAACUCACCCUAUCAUGGAAAAGGAGGUCCACUUGCAGUUAGUGACGGAACAGCCACUCCUCUGAACGAUGUGUAUAGACGAGGAAUAGAAGAGCUAGGUUAUUCUGUUGUGGAUUGCAAUGGAAAAUCACAAAUAGGUUACUGUCACUCACAAGAAACAGUCAGAAACGGAGAGAGAUGGAGUACAGCUAAAGCCUUUCUAAGACCUGCUAUGAAUCGUUCAAAUCUUCAUGUGGCUGUGAACUCCUAUGUUACCAAAAUUUUGAUAGAAAACAAGAGAGCAGUGGGUAUUUCACUUUUGAGAGACAACUUAAAACAUAUAAUAAAGGCAAGGAAAGAAGUAAUUAUUUCUGCUGGUGCAUUUAAUAGUCCACAAAUUCUCAUGUUGUCAGGUAUUGGACCAAAGGACCACCUACAAUCAUUGGGGAUACCGCUGAUUGCUGAUUUACCUGUUGGAGACAAUCUAGAGGAUCAUGUAGCUGCAUUUUUGCUCUUUAAAGAUAACACAACUUCAUCUUUUCAACCGUCAGCAUCAUCAGAUUUCCAAUACUUAGCAUUCAAAUCAGGUCCUUUGUCUAAGUCACACAUAGAGUCUAGCGUUUUUCUGAAGGAUGAUGACACCUUGCUUCCAUACCUGCAAAUAACGUUCUACAGUAUGCUGUCGCUACCUUCUGUUGCCUAUGACUUUACAAAAAUUCUAAACUGGGAUCCAAAGAUCACAGAAGGUGUGUAUAAAGCAUAUGCAGACUUCACCAGUAAUAACGGAGGGAGCUUCAUGGCAACAAGUAUACUUCUCCAUCCCAAGAGUAGAGGAACCAUUCGACUACAGAGCAGUGAUCCUUUUGAUCCACCACUAAUAGAUCCCAACUACUUAGAUCAUCCAGAUGACAUAAAGAUGUUGCUAAAAGGAGUGUAUCAGAUUAUGAAAUUAGCGAACACAACAGCAUUCAGAUCCAUUGGUGCAUCACCAUCAGAUCCCUCUAAAGAGUACUAUCCUCCUUGUAACGAACUUCAAUACCCCUCAGAGGAGUACUGGGUCUGUAGAAUCAAGUAUUAUUCGUUCGGUCUCUGGCAUCCGACGUCUACAUGUAGAAUGGGAGCUCAUAAUGAUGACACAGCUGUUGUUGAUCCCCGCCUCAGAGUAAAGGGUAUACAGAAUCUUCGUGUGGUCGAUGCGUCUGUCAUGCGUCAUGUUACUUCUGGAAACACAAAUGCUCCAACCAUCAUGAUAGCAGAAAAAGCUGCCGACAUGAUUCGAGGAAUUGAUAGUGUUGAAAACAUCCGUAAAAUGACUAAAGAUUUAUAAAUCUUUAUGAAUGUUGAAGUGUUAAAGAAUUGCUGUUGGUGCAUGCAUAUUCACAGUUACAGACAAGAAAACCAAGGAAUUGAAAUGAUAUGUAACACAUUUUAUAUAUGUAUUUAAAGAAGUUUGAUUAUAACAAGUAAUAUGAUGACAUUAAAUUUUUUUCCUUUAUAUCGGAAAGAAACCAAGAAUUGUUAACUGAGAUACUAUUGUUCUAAUCACAACUGACUGAUGUUACUCAGGUCUUACAAAUUAUUCUCUCUCUCUCUCUCUCUCUCUCCCUUCCAUUAAAAGAAAACUUUUAACGAUUCUGAAUACUUUGCCUAUGGUUUCUCCAUUUCUCAGCAUUCUCAAUUAAUGUUGAUCAUUUACAGCCUUUGUUACAGCUAAUCAAGAACAGUGAACAGUGACUUUGCUAUACCGCUAGAAUCAAAAAACUACGGGAUUAAAAUGUUUAUGAAUAUGAUCAAAUAUAAGUCCUCUUCCGUAUA